UAAGAGGGCGUUGAUAUGGACGAGAUGAGAUAUUUAGUUGAUUGUGUGUGUGAUGAGUUGGAUUAAAAUUCGAAAGUUAGUAGUACUAUUAAGACAUUUUGCUUUAGUUAAAGUUGCGAAGCUGUUAUCAUGUUGAAUGGCUAAAAGUGGAAAAAAAAAGGGAUGCAUAAAGCCAAAAAAUGAGGUACUGGAAAUUAGGUGUCCACAUUAUUGUCUCAACCACAAUCAUUGCUCUAUUACAAGUACAAGCUAAGAUAGUUUUUCAUGAACAGUUACUUGGAAGUGUGGGAGGUGGGAAUUACACAUACUACAGCUUGACACCAGAUGGUGGUGUAUUGAUUUUGUUACACUCCCUUCUUGGUGAUGCUGACUUGUAUGUGUCAGAAAAGAAACUGAAACCAACAUUUGAACUUGCUAGUCAUGAUCUUCAAUCUGUUAGCUGUGGGUUAGAUAAAAUAGAGAUUCCUUGGAGUUUUGGUCGUCCAAUUGGAAUUGGUGUAUAUGGACAUCCCUCUCAUGAAAUAAGCAUGUUUGAACUUGAGGUGAUGGUGGAUGAUGCUCCUGAAUGGAUAUACCCUGAAGAAUAUAUGGAAAUAGAUGAAAAUGAUAAACCAGCAGAAUCUAGAGGAUCUAAAAAACGAGGUUCUUCAUAUUCAUCAGAUUCAAAAAGUCAAGGUUCUGUUUAUGCAUCAGAUACUUCAACAGAAGAAGAAUCCAUUUUGUGGGCAAUUUUUGUAGGAAUUUUAAAACUAUUUUUAGAAGUAAUUGUUAGUUGAUUUGAAGUGCCUUAUGUGUGUGUAGAUGUAUAAUGUUUAAGUUAGAAACUGGUGAAUGGGAGGGAUUACCAGAAAUUGAGUGAUUAUACAUCUGUGUAAUUGUGUCCACAGUUCAAAACCCAUUAUUUACUUUUGUAGCAAUUUGAUUUUUUACUAAAAAAUACAACUUUUUAUGAUGAUUUAUUAAUCUUUGGAAAUUCAUUCAAGAUGUGUUUUAGCUACUAAACAAACAUACAGUUAAUUUUCAGAUAUUCUGUAUUCAGCAUAUCCUUAAAAGAUAUUCAGUAAGGUUUCAUGUAAUCAGGUAUGAAAACCCUUAUUUGUGUUUCUUUUACUGACUCAGUAUGUAAAAUAAUUUAUACCAUGAGAAUAAAUUCUUAAUUUGUAUGAGCACUUUGAGCACCUGUUCUAAAAUUUAUUUUUAUCGGACCAAUAUUGUAUUUUUCUAUAGACAAAAACAAACAAUUAUGAAAUUGUACAUUUCUAUAGGAUUGUUAAAACAUAAGAAAUUUUUUUUCAUAAUUCACAAGUAACACUGACCUGUCAUGGUUUGAAAAUAUUCUAACCUGUUACCAUGCAUGAAUCAUUUCAUAACCAAUUAACUGUUUAGCAUAGUCUGUGAAGUUUAAGAACUGUCAUUGUUAUGUUGUGGAGCUGACACAGACAGCAGGAUUAAUUAAACAUAAAUUUUCCUUUGCAUUAUGUUUUGAUUUUCAUUUGUGCAUUAAAUAAGUCUUAUAUUUCAUUAAAAAAUACAUUAAUCAAUUCAGAUGAGUUGACAUAUUAAAGUUACUGCCUUGGAUAGAAUGUUAAUCCUCAUGCAUGCUCUGUUUAUGUACUUUCUUGUAUGCUUUAAAGCAUCUAAAGUUCUAAACCUUUGUAUCUACUACUUGCCUGCAAUUGAAUUUUAACACAUGACCUGUGAAACUGUAUAAAUAAAACAGGGUAUAAAGUAAAGUAAGAAAUAACAGCUUAGAGUAGCAGUAAGGAAAAUUUUUAACUGGUUAGAGCUUCAAAUGAAACUGUAACUGGGUGUCUGAGUAAUUGUGAUAAUUUCAUGUUUCUUUGCUUGUUGGAGUUUUACUUGAAUUAUAAUGAUAUUGUUUGUACUCAUGAUUCAAGUUGACUUCUGCUGGAUUACAAAUCCAGUAUCUAAAUGGUCAAGGAA